GACCUACAUACUACUACUAUCACGACCACAACUCACGACGCUUCCCUGCAUUCGAAAAAGAAACUCUCUUGAACAUUUUGUUCUCUGUGUGUUUCUCGCUAUACGAUCAAAACUACGACCGCUCGACCUCUUACCUAAUAUUCAGCUGCGCUGAAAGUCAGGAGAAACCUCGCGCUAUUAUCGACCGGGUCAUCGAACUCUUCGCUUCCUCCCUCUUUUUCCAUCCUCAGUUUUUGCUAAAUCUAUCAUAAUGGCCGACCGCGAACCUCCCUAUGAUCCCUAUAUUCCCGCCGGUGGUGCUGCUGCCGGGGGUAGUGCUGCACCCAGCGGAAACCAAAGGACUGCAGCUCUGCAAGCUCAAAUCGACGACACUGUUGGCGUGAUGCGCGAAAACAUCAACAAAGUCUCACAGCGUGGUGAACGUCUCGACUCUCUCCAAGACAAAACGGACAACCUCGCCGUAUCCGCUCAAGGAUUCCGCCGAGGCGCCAACAGAGUGCGAAAACAAAUGUGGUGGAAGGACAUGAAAAUGCGCGUAUGCUUGGUUAUUGUGGUCAUCAUUUUGAUCAUAGUCAUUGUCGUUCCUGCUGUUGUCGCAACCAAACAUUAAGUCCUUAAAACUCCACGAAUGUUCUGACGAUGCGCUUUCUCGUUUUCCUCAUCCCAGCCUUGAUUUUACGAGCAUUGUUUAUGUUGUUUUCUUGGGGCCAGAAUAGGGUAUCGGGUCGUUUUGAGAGCGCGCUGCACAGAGUGCACGAACUCGAUCUUGCAAAUAAUUACGGCCCGGAGUACUCUUUGGAUUGUUGUAUCCAGUAUCAAGUGCAUACCGUCAUGAUGCUCCUCUCCUCAUCCUACACCGCGUUCUAUUGUUAGCUCCACGAUUCCUGCCGAUAAUCAAACCUUGUCGCAAGUCGCUAUAUAUCCCGGAUUUAAUCACAGUCCGCAGCAACUUGUCGCCGGAAGAAUCGCGGCUCACACCUCCCAACCUCCUACAACCCUUGUACAUGAUACUUUUUGGCGAAUGCUGUGUUUGUAUUUUUUCCUGUUGUCUGUGCUUCUUUUUGCGCUUUUGGCCCUAUGCAAGUUCUAAUGAGAUAACCUGGCGGAUGCAAAAUUUCGCGCUAUGAUUUCGUUCGAUUUGAUACAUUUCCAUUGGUAAUUGGCAUAUAAUAACUCAAAUUUUAAAAUGCAAUUA